AUGAAGUACGUUCUUGUGUCUGGAGGUGUUAUCUCGGGGAUUGGGAAGGGUGUUAUCGGUAUGUGCUGUGCUCGAGAACUUCGAAUGGGACGCGAGGACAUUUACGGAGGGAUACGGGGAGGGAUUGAGAAACAGUGGGAAGGAUAUGGGCAUAUGCUGAUUGGUAUGCGCAGCUUCUUCGACGGGUCUGUUGCUGAAGACGAUUGGACUUAA